GUAAAGAACAAUUAAACAAAAAUAAAAACCAAUUUAUUAACAAUGGCUUGCAAGUUUGUGAUUGCUCUCGCUUUUGUCGCUGCCGCCAGCGCUGCUGUCAUCGUACCCAGUGCUCCCGUUUUGGCCAAGACUGUCGAACUUGAGGAAUACGAUCCCCAUCCCCAAUACAAAUAUGGUUAUGAUGUGCAAGAUGCUCUCUCCGGUGACAACAAGGGUCAUGUUGAGGAACGUGAUGGUGAUUUUGUUCGCGGUGAAUACUCUUUGAUCGAUGCUGAUGGUUACAAACGUACCGUUAGCUAUGUUGCCGAUCCCGUCAAUGGUUUCAAUGCUGUCGUCCGUCGUGAUCCCCUUGUUGCUGCUGCCCCCGUUGUUGCCGCCGCUCCCGUAGUUAAGGCUGCCCCCGUUGUUGCUGCUGCUCCCGUUGUUGCCCCAGCCGCUUAUGCCGUCAGACAUUUGUAAGGAAACUGCUUGUUAAGACUUGCUGCUUUUGUUGUUGAUCAGUUUUAGU